AUGGGUUCCGGCCGGUUUGCAUCCCUACCUUGCCCCCAGCUGCGCAAGGCGAGGUGUGUCUGCCAGUGCCACAACUCCGUCAUAAAUACUCACUCAGCUUCCUCCCCCAGGAAGAUGCAACCCAUUCCCUCCCCUCCCCUCACCAUGGCGAAGCCCAAGUUCGUCCUCGUCCUCGUCCUCCUCACGCUCGCUCUGGUCGCCGCCGGCAGCAGCAACAGCAAGCUCAGCGGAGCUUUCGCUGCCGCGGACGACGACGACGGCCUGCCGCAGCGGCAGGAGGCCAUGGCGGAGGCCGUCCGCGCGAUGCACAGCUACGACCCGGCGCACAACGGCGCCGCCGAGACGGUCAAGCGGGCCAUGGGGGUGGUGAACGGCGAGCUCGCCCUGCUGCGCCCCAUCUUCAGCGCCAUCAGCAGGAUGCCGGAGGGCAGCGCCAAGGAGGAGGCUCACACUGCGGCGAAGGAGCUACUCGCUCGCCACCUCGGUGAGCUGCUCCCCGGCAGCUCCGUCAAGGUGGAAGAAUUAUGAGCAUGCAUCCAUUCUGGUUUCUGUCUUAGGCUAUAUAUUCUCUACCUAGAUUGAUCGCGCGCGUGAUCUAGGCAUCUCCCUCAAGUUUCCUUCCCUAGUAGUUUGUUUCUUUGUUCGUCGUCGCCCGAUCGACUUUAUGUAAGCGCCUCGCGCUAUUUCCCUGCAUUUGUUCCUACUUGUCAUAUGUUCCCCUUUAAUUUUGUCUACGAUUAGUAGCCGCUUUUCUAUCA